AUGACAUUUCACACAGGGGAAAAGCCUUUCAAAUGCCCCACUUGUGGGAGAGCUUUUACCUGGAAGUAUAACAUGCAGAGGCAUACAAGGACUCAUGUAGGGCAGACGCCAUUCAGAGUCACCACAUGCAUGAAAAUAUGCACCAAGUGCUGGAAAAUGUUUACGCGGAAGUCACAUUUGCAAACGCACAUGAGGACUCAUACAGGGGAGAAGCCAUUCAGAUGCACCACAUGUGGGAAAAUGUUUACCCACAAGUCAAGUCUACAAAGUCACAUAAGGACUCACACAGGGGAGAAGCCAUUCAAAUGCACAACGUGCGGGAAAAUGUUUACCCAGAAGGCACAUGUACAAAGUCACCUAAGGACUCAUACAGGGGAGAAGCCUUUCAAAUGCACAAUGUGCGGGAAAAUGUUUACCCAGAAGUCACAUGUAAAAAGUCACCUAAGGACUCAUACAGGGGAGAAGCCAUUCAGAUGCACCACGUGCGGGAAAAUGUUUACCCAGAAGUCAAGUUUACAAAGGCACGGAAGGACUCAUACAGGGGAGAAGCCAUUCAGAUGCACUACAUGCGGGAAAAUGUUUACCCAGAAGUCACAUGUACAAAGUCACCUAAGGACUCAUACAUGGGGGAAGCCAUUCAGAUGCUGCAAUUGUGGAAAUGGGUUCAGCUCAAAACAGCAUCUCAAACAGCAUGUCGUGAUCCAUACAGUGGUGAAGGUUGAGAGGAGAGUCAGCUGGACCCACGCCAGCCACUGCAAGAUGGUGCCACUACUGGAGACGGAGGUCCAGGGUCAGAGACCCGCUCUGCUAACAAAGGAUGAAGAGAAGUAG